AUGGACUUUGUGCUGACCCCUCACAGCCCUCUAGGCCAUGAAGACGUUCUUAUUUCUCUUUGCUGUUCUCUUCUUUCUGGAUGCAGCCAAGAAUGCAUUUUUCGAUGAGAAAUGCAGCAAGCUUGAUGGGAGAUGCACAAAAUAUUGUCAGAAAAAUGAAGAACUUAUUGCUCUUUGUCAGAAGAGUCUGAAGUGCUGUGUGACAAUCCAGCCUUGUGAGAAGAGCAAAGGCAACAACUCGGAUGAGGACCUGGCGUACACAGAGAGCCAGGGAUGA